AUGACGACAACAACAGAAACAUAUCUUUCAACACAAACAUCAUUUACAAAUGAAACAAAUACAACUACAACUACUACUACUACAAAUAAUGAAGAUCAAUCAUCAACAAUUGCUGCUAAUGUGACAAUUGAUGAACUUGUUCAAUCAUGUUGUAGUGAAGUAUUACCAUCAUCUAGUCAAUUGAAUAGUAGUAGUAGUGCUUCACCAACACAUCUCGUACGAUUUGUUCAUUCACAAUCGUCACUUGUUAGUCAGAUAGAUGAACAACAACGUCCAUCUGAACAAGGUACUAUUAAUUCUUCUUUGUCUAGUCAUGAUACACCUAUUAAACAACAACAACAACAACCACCACCAUUAAUUAAUGUUACACAUUUACCAUCACCAUAUAAACCUAAAACAAUUAUUGAAUCAACAAAUUCAAUGCAAAAUACAACUAAUUUAAGUAAUAUAACAGCAAAUAAUAUUAGUGUGAAUAAUUAUAAUGUUAAUAUUCAUACAACAAAUGUUCAACAACAACAAACAAAUAUAUUAAAUAAUGAACAUUUAACAAAAAAAUGUCAAUUUGAUGAAAAACAAACAACUGAAAUAGUAUCACAAAUAUUAAAAAAUAUUAAAGAAGUUGAUGAAUAUCAAACAAAUACAGCAGCAGCAACAACAACAACAAAUUAUAAUAUACAUAUUGAUUCAUUUAAUUUUUCAUCAACAAAUGAUCAACAACAUUCAACAAUAAUUAAAAAAUCACGUAUUAAAAAAGAAGCUAAAGCAUUAACAAGAAUUAUUGUUAAAGAUGAAGCUAUAUCACCAAAUUUUUCACGUAAUAAAAAAGGAACAAAAAAUUUAUCAACAACACAUUUAACAACAAUAAAUAAUUUACAACCAAUGGAAUAUAUACCUGUACCUUAUGGAUGGCAAAGACGAAUUCUUGCACCAGAUCUUGUUGUUUAUCUUAGUCCAACUAAUAUAAUACUCGAUUCAUUAGAUGCUAUACGUCAAUAUCUUGAAACACCUUCAUCAUGUAAAUGUGGUCUUCAAUGUCCACUUAUUGUUGAUAAGGUUUUCAAUUUUGAUUCAACAAUAAAAUCAAAAUCUUGGGAAGUCACACAAGUACUUGAAGGUACUCAUUGUCGACAAAAAUCGAAUAUUUUAGAAAUGGCAACAUUAACAAAUUGUAUUGAUUCAUUUUGUGAAACUGAACAAAAACCCGCUAAACGUCGAAAACGAACACAUGCUGAAACAGCAAAUGGAAAUGUAUUUGUUUGUGCAUCAAAUUCAUCAAAUAUUCUACAAACAAAUAAUGAAUCAACUGUUUUUGUUAAUAGUCCUAAUCAAACAUCAGAAAUUGGCCAAUCGAUGACAUGGACUCCAUUACAACAAACUGGUGUUACUCCACCGUCGAAACGGCCACGUGGUCGUCCUCGUAAAACAGCUGUUACACCACCAGUUAUUGCUCAAUUAGCUGUUAAACCAUCACAUGAUUCACAUCAACAAAUACAACCAGUACCAUCAUCUAUAUUAUCACCACCUGCAUCUGUUUCAUCAAUAUCACAAACAAAUCUUGUUCAUCGAAAUUCAACAUCACCAUCAACUCAUCAUCAAAAUACAAAUAAUAAUCUUCGUUAUAUUAAUGAUAAUGUAUUAACACCAUCAUCAACAACAGAUACAAAUGUUAUUGCUCGUGUACCAUCUCUAUUUGAACAAGUUAAAACAACAACAAAUGAAUCAACAUUUGCUGUUUUAUCUGGUGUACAAAAUGUUUUACUUUCACCAAAUAGAGAUACAAAUAAUAAUAAUAAUAAUAAACGAGUACGUGUUGAAUCUUCAUCAUCAUCAUCAAUUGUAUCAACAACUGGUAAACCUGUUACAUUAAAUGUUAAUGCACUUAAACCAGAUUUUGUUCGAUCACCAGCAGCUGCACAAAAACCAUGUUCAACAACACCAAAUCAAAUUGAUGUUAUAUCAUUAAUGGGUACAACAAAUAAUCAAACACAAUUAAUGGUUACAAAAACAACACCAAAACCUAUAGCACCAAUACCAUCAAUAACUAAUUCAGAUGAUUAUUCAUUAAUAAAAUCUACUAAUGAACAAACAAACGAUUCAUCACAACCAUUAAUGAUUGAUUUUAAUGAUCCAUCAACAACUAAUUUUCUUCUAUCAGCACUUGCAUCAGGUGCUGCAUCUGAUUCAAAUGCUAUUGUUAAUCAUCUUUUUCAAAAAGCACAAACACAACGUAGUAAUAAUACAUCAUCAUUAUCACCACCACCACCACCACCACCAUCAACAGCAACAAUUAAGAAAAAACUUCCGAUUAUUUCAUCGGGAUCAAAAAAUUGUACAGAAACAACAAAUUUAUUACCUAUAACAAAUUCAAAUACACGACAACCUGUUGUACUUCAUGUACCAACAACAACAAUAACAAAUGAUUAUAAUCAACAAUCACAACAAAUUAUAUUUAGUAGUAAUAAUAAUAAUAAUAAUAAUAAUGGUGAAAGAAAACAACCACAACAAAUAUUUUUUAUUAAUAAUAAACCAUAUGUUAUUCAACAAAAACUUCCAUCUGAUCAAUCAUCACAACAACGUUUAGUUCUAACACCAUCGAUUACUCAAGCAGAUGAACUUACCGUUCAUAAUACACCUCAUCAAAAUCGAAAUAUUGCUCCUGCUCAAAAUAAUAGUACUAAUUCAAGUGGUCAAUCAACUUUAGAUGAUGGUGGCAAUUGUCUUGUAGUCAAUGGUGUUGUUGAACCACGAACAUUAAGUACAUUAUUAAAAGGUCUUAAUCCAUCAUCAUUUUCUGGUGUUGAUAAUAUUAUUGAUACAAUACAUCGUUUUGAACAUACAACAUCAAUAGAACAAAAUGAUAAUUUAUUACUUAAACCUAUUCGAACAACUACUAAAGCAAGUCCAGCAAGAAAAACAAAUCCAGAUAAACCACCAGCAAGACGUCGAGCGCCGAAAAAAGUUAAACAAGAGGAACAACAACAACAAGUACAAGUAACUAUGCCGCCGCCGCCGCCGCCACCACCACCACCUCCUUCUCUUCCUCCACUGUCACUUCCACCAUCAAUACAACCCAUUGUUGCUGAUCAACAACAAUGGCAAACAGAUUUUAAUUCAUUUGAUUUUUCAACAGCAUGGGGUAGUGAUACAAAUUUAAAUUCUCUUUUAUUAAAUGAUGAUUUCGAUACGGCUGCUUCAUUUGAUGAUGUUAGUUUUGGAGAUUUUGAACCAUAUAUGAAUGGUAAUAAUAAUAAUCUUAAUCAAACCGAUACAAUUUUGCCAUCAUUAUUUGGUAAACCAUUACCGCCAGACACAUUACCAGGUGUUGAUCAUCUUUUACCUUGA